GCCGCCGGUCGGGCCCCGCGGAAAUGGGAGAGCAUAAUCUCCUGAAUCCCGGGUUUGUGGGGCCGCUGGUGAACAUCCACACGGGAGACACCUUCUACUUCCCCAAUUUCCGCGCGUCCGGCGCGCAGCUGCCCGGGCUGCCUUCGCUGUCCUACCCGCGCCGCGACAACGUGUGCUCGCUGCCCUGGCCGUCGGCGGAGCCGUGCAAUGGCUACCCGCAGCCCUACCUCGGCAGCCCCGUGUCGCUCAACCCGCCCUUCGGCCGCACGUGCGAGCUGGCGCGCGUUGAGGACAGCAAGGGCUACUACCGCGAGCCGUGCGCCGAGGGCGGCGGCCUGAAGCGGGAGGAGCGCGGGCGCGACCCGGGCCCGGGCGUGGGACCCGGGGCCGCGCUCCUGCCGCUGGAGCCGGCGGGGCCGCCCGCGCUCGGGUUCAAGUACGACUACGCGGCCGGCGGUGGCGGCGGCGGCGACGGCGGUGCCGGACCCCCGCACGACCCGCCCUCGUGCCAGUCCCUGGAAUCCGACUCCAGCUCGUCCCUGCUCAACGAGGGCAACAAGGGCGCCGGCGCGGGCGACCCCGGCGGCUUGGUGUCACCCCUAAACCCCGGCGGCGGGCUCGCGGCCAGCGGCACGCCCUGGUACCCGAUCCACAGCCGCUCGCGGAAGAAGCGCAAGCCCUACUCGAAGCUGCAGCUGGCGGAGCUGGAGGGCGAGUUUCUCGUGAACGAGUUCAUCACGCGGCAGCGCCGGAGGGAACUCUCAGACCGCUUGAAUCUUAGUGACCAGCAGGUCAAGAUCUGGUUUCAGAACCGGAGGAUGAAAAAGAAGAGACUUCUGUUGAGGGAGCAAGCUCUCUCUUUCUUUUAGGGGGGCCAAGACAAGGGAGCCAGCCCCAGACUGAGCCCGUCUCUGGCGGAGAGCAAGAGGGGGCGCUGCCUGGGACACAGGCUCCCCGCUUAGAAGGCCAGAAGUCUCUGGCAGGCCCUCUCUGGACGUCCUCUUGUCUGUUUUCUUCGUGUUCCCCUCUCACACACCCCCAGCAGGUCCUGCCAGGCCCCAGAGAGAAGGGAAGAGCCCGGCCAGGGAGACAGAAAGCCACAGCUCAGGCCAGGGACAGACAGGGCAAGCGGAGGCAUCGGGGAAGGGUUGGUUUGAGGCAGCCUGAGGCUGAGGACCCUGCUCCCACCACUUUCCCUCUGUGAUCUUGUCCGCCUGCAGGAGUGAGCGAGGGUAGGGACAGUGGAACAGUCUCCCAGAACUCGCUGUUGGGAUUAGGAGCCGCUGACAGGAGGGAGCAAGAGUAGAGGUCGUUAGAGAGAGUAGAGGGGGACAGGGCGGCUCUGGGAGGGCAGGAGGAAGUGGGGAGAUCCAGGAGGAAGUGCGGUUUGGAAGGACAGAAUGGUCAGCAAUACCCAUGUCCAGGGUGUCUGGGUCCUCCAGGCCUGGACAGCAGCGCAGGCAGAAGCAUGAACGGUUGGCAGACCUGGCUGCAGACAGGAGAUCACAACCUUAUGUCCUCUCUAGGGCAGGCUGUCUGAGCGUCUCCCGGUCCCCAGCCCUCUCCCAAGCCUGCCAGCCUGUUCGCUCACGGGUGUGCUGCCAUCCUCUCUUCCUGCCCCCUCGGUGGCUGCAGACCAGAACCACAAGCCAGGAACUGAGGGCUAAGCAGACGCAGCCUCAGAUUCCAUAGUCACUCUAGGGGCCCCCACCUGGCCCUCCGGGGGAACCCACGAGGCUGUGAAAGGGGCUUGGAGCACGGCUUUGAUUGGCGGGUGGAAGAAUUUCUGGCUGCCACCGCUAAUUCCUCCUUUCCCGCUGGCGUUCAUGGUCACGGCCGGCUAGAGGCUGGACUGGCAUAAUUUAUGAGGCAGGAGGAGAAUCCGCCCCUAGAGGGGCUACUGGCUGUAGUGGCCCAGCUCAGCCCAGGUUUCCCAGGCUGGUGACAAUGAAGGAGGAGGCACUGCAGCCCCCCACCCAACUAGUUUCUGUCUCCCACUCCACCCUCUCCCCAACUUGGCCCUUUGUCUCAGGACCCAUGGCCUGGUAUACAGGGACCAGGGCAGAGGGAGGAGCACAUCUCCAGAACCUGUUGGAGGUCAGAGAGUGGCUUCUCCAGCGGAGGGCCUUCUAUUCACAGCCCCUAUCAGGCCCAGCCCACCCCCAGCCCUGGCCCCAGGCCCAGCCCCAGAGAUGCUAGCCUGGCUUAGGAGACAGAAGCAGUGAAGGAACUUGCCUGCCUUUCCAUAUUCCAUUUCCCUCUGAGUAAGAGUCCCCCAUCCUCCCAUCUGCUGCCCUACCCUUGCCAGGAGCAAGGGACUGACGGGAGUUCAACUCAGCUUGGGAAGAGUGGAACUGGCCUGCUCGCUGGGAGUUCUUCCUGCCUGGGGAGCGUCUCUCCUAAUACACCCUCCAAAGGCAAUCCACAGAGUGUCCCCCUCCCAUUCUCCCACCAGCACACAGCUCUAUACAGGACCCUGCGGAGGCAAACUCAUAGGGACAGCUGAGCCCAGCACACCGGUGGGCGCAACCCACUCUCCUGACUGUACUUGCAAGCAGGCAGCCUCAUGUCCCCAGAUAAAACCCUGUAGAGUGGCCAUAUAAUCACAUGCUCCCAUCCUCCGCUGGGCACCUGACACACUUUCCCAGCCACAUGAACUUGUUCCCCUUAUAUGUGAGUUUGCAGCUGUCUGCUGCUGCUGGGUCUGAGGCACUCUCCCCUUUGCCUGGUCACCCAUGUACCUCUUCGUGCAGCCCCUCCUGUGACCUCAAGGGCCCUGGGGUGCUGGAAUCCAUCUGCAUCACCCCAGCCUGACUCCCACUGCCCAAUACAGAAGAGAGACCAGAAGACUCUCAAAGGGUGGAAGGAGAAAGAUAUGCAAUAUUCUCUUCCUGUCGCUUUAAAAUUGACUUCUGUGAACUCUGUCAAUCUGUGUCCUGUUCUCUGUGUCUGUUGAUAGUACCUUGUGCAGUCCCUGUGGGUAGACAACCUCUCUUCUCUCCCUCCCCAGCUCUCUGUAGUGCGCCCUCCUAUUCAAACAGCUGUCUUUAGCACGUUUUCCCCUUUAUAUAGUCCUUGUACAGAGUUUCUUCAUCAUAUUAAUAUUAAUAAUACUAAUUAAAA